GUCCCUUUAAAAAAAAAAUCGCUUCAAAUGGUACUUGCGUUGUGUUCUCUAAAGGUCAGUAUUUUGGAUUGUCUGCCUAAAUUCUGAGUCGCUGCGCUUGUUUGCUAGAAUUGGGGUUGCAGUGCUGUUUUGCUUGAAGACAUUUGGAGACCACCAUGAUCUUCCUAACUCCAACUUCUGAUGAAGAAUCGCUUGAAAUCGACUGGCUUUGGAAUCACUUCAAAUUCAGGUUACAAAGCGCAAUAGCUUGUUCCAGUACGCUAACAAACUUUUGCUGAACGAAAAAGCUAACUGGGUGCAUCUGAAGGAGUUUGCCCGUAAAAAUGCUGCCAAUGCUCUUUCUAUGGCCAACAUGGUCAUGGGCAUGGCCUCAAUUCUCUGCAGUCUCAGUGGGCAUCAUCAUGCCGCAUGCUGGCUGGUUCUGAUCGGUUACCUGUUGGAUUUGGCAGAUGGAGCUGUUGCUAGGCAACUGGAUGCAUGUUCUGCAUUGGGUGCAAAGUUGGAUGAUUUUGCUGAUUUUACAACAUUUGGAAUAGCGACAUCAUUGCUUUUACGGACGCCCAGUCUGCUAGACAAUAUCCUGUGCAUUGUCUACGUGCUGUCUGUCUUUGUGCGUCUCUGCUUCUUUUCUAGUGGAAUUCCCUUUAUGUACCGUGGUCUACCAUGCACCUACUCAUCUGCAAUGCUAGCUUGCGUUUCCCUGCUAACUGGUGAAAAUAUGGCAGUACUGAGAAUAAUAGCAGUGGCUAUGAUUCUUUUCAUGGUGAGCCAGAACUUCUACCCACAUGACCGAGUGCUGGAGUCUCAAGCCUGGAAGAAAGUGGUCUACGUCGGAGGAAUUGCCAUGGUCUUUUGUUCCUCCUUCCCUUCAGCAUGUGUUUACUACUUGUUAUGGUUAGUUUCCUACAUACUGUUUCCAAAAGCCCUGUGGAGCUCUAAAGUGUGAAGAAGCAAUGGCCUGGAAGAUUUCUUCCCGACGGCUCUUCCCAACCGGAGAAGGCCUGUGCAGCUUGUUGGAAUCCUACUGCUUCUUGUGAUCGAAUCAUAUCGAUCAUUUUAAAGUAUUUUAAGUCAUUUUAAAUCAAACUAAAUCAUUUAGCUUUUGGGAUGAUAAACCUUUUAUGCCCAGAUAAACUGAUGAAAUCUUCCCGAUCCGGGAGAGUUACGAAAACUUUGAUUAGAUGCUUUAAUCACUAUGGGAGGAAAGAGAAAUGGCCUCUGCAUUGCACAUAUUAUCGUGUGUUUUAUUGAUCCGAAUAAUAGUUUGUCAGUGGUUGACCGAGAUGUAAGGAUAUGGGUGGUGCUUAUUUCGUCUGCACUGAUCCAAAACUGAAGAAGCAAGUGGCAGGAGGGGUUUUGGCAAAUUUGCUGUGGGAUUUAUAAUUGUAGAACUGCUUCUAUUUGGUGGUGGUUGUUAAGGAAGUAGAUUUGAAGUUUUUUUUUUUCAUGUGUAAUACUGAUAUUUUCAUUUUGUGUUUACUGAUUAAAACACUUAUAUAACACUGGUAUAUCUAAAACUUAAAAAUAAUUAAAAUAUAUUAGCUUUUUUAAGUAAAUUACAUUUCAAAAAAAUGAACUUGGUUGGAGUCAGUUUUACUAAAUAAUUUCUUGUUCACUUUACUUAACAAACACAAGUAACGGCAUAUGAUUAAUUUAACUUAGUAAUUUCAACAAAAGACUGUGUCUUGUCAGCUUUACUCCAAAAUUAUUUGUUCAGCCAAUAAAGCACUGUUGCGUAAAAGUAACAGAUUAAUAAAACCAAUACAGACUUGCAUCUCAUUGGCUGAUGAUGCUGCAGUGUUAUGGGUAAAUUGUUGUUCUGGCAGAAUUGUUGUACCCUCUUGCAAAAGUGUAGCACGAUUAGAUAGGUACCUGAGUAAUAAGUGGCCAAGUAUUAGUUAAUUAACUUGUUCUGAUAUAUUUUAGAACAAAACAAACCAACAAAUGGUUUGAAAUGUUACAUUGCAUUUCAAAUAUGUUUGUGAUAUGUUUGAUAAACUAUAAUUAAAUAAAGGUUGUAUUGAGCAGCUGCACUCUGAUUGAUUGAUUCGUUGUUAUGGAGUUAUUAAAUCAUAAUUUUUUUUCAUCAAUUAAAUGUUUCAUAAUGGUGACUUUACUAGGAUUUCUUUAGUCCAUGUAACAUUUAAAUUGUCAAUUUUACACAAACUUUUUUAGUAAAUACAACUUAAAUUUUAUUUGUUGACAUUACUUAACAAAGCUAUGUGGAACCCACUUGACGAAGGUUUUUUAAGUAAAUCCAACUUUUUAUUUUUUUGAGUGAACUGUAAUAAUUAGAAUUAUUUAUUUUUAAAAAAGGAACGUUUAAUUGUUAAAAAAGGGAUUUGCAUCUUACUGAUCUGUGCAGUUAUGUGUAAAGGAAACUACAGUAUGUCUAAGAUACGGUUAUCAUCAUGAUUAUUUAGUGCCUGGUUAAUAUUUGACCAUGAUAAAAAAAACUGUAUGUCUCAUAUUGUAUUUGAUAAGCCUUCAAAACAAAUACCAAUUAACAAUGUUAGGAAUGGUGGGUUUGACAAAAAAAGUUUACUUCCCACCAAAGGAUUUUGUUGAAGUGUACAGUAUGUGCAUGUUGGCCUCUGUUUUAAGGGGUCCUGCUUUCUACAGUAUCCCUAAAUAAUUGCUAAUGUUUAAAGAGUGAAAUUUAUUUUGAUUUGCUAUGUACACUUGGGUGUAUGGGUUUAAUAGGAAAACAGAACCUUGAAAUGUAACCAUGUUAAGACAUCACUUUGUGUUGGUUGAUUUAAAUUAAAAUUUAGUGGUGUUUUGUCUUGUG